AUGGAGAAAUUGUAUGCUAAGCUCAAUAAGAGUGAAUUAUAUCUCCCAAGUGUGGCUUUCCUCAGACACAUUAUUUAUAAAGAGGGGAUUGUUGUUGAUCCUUGUAGGAUUGAGGUUGUGCUUAAAUGGGAAAAACCAACGAAUGUAUCCGAAGUUCGCAAUUUCUUAGGACUAGCAGGGUAUUACAUGCGUUUUGUGGAGGGGUUCUCGAAAAUAGCACUUCCCCUAACCCGCAUAACCCAAAAGGAAGUUAAGUUUGUAUGGUCUGAUAACUGCAAGAGAAGCUUUCAGGAAUUAAAGAAGAGAAUGACUACAGCUUUAGUACUGACCUUGCCUGAGGGGAAUGAAGAUUUUGUGGUUUAG